AUGAAGAUUUUUCUAACCCAGUCAAACAGCCACCGCACCAUCGGAGCUUUCCAGAGCUGGAGAAACUACAAGAGACUAGGAAGGGACAACCAGUUUUGUAGAGGAUGCUCCCACACAGUGCCCAAAUCCACAGGUCCAGCUCUGCCUUCUCCCUGGGUUCCCGCCCCUGCUAAUGAAUGGAACAGCGUGGAUCAGGAAGUAACCACCACACGACUACCUAUUGUGUCUCAGGGACCAGUGAAAGAUGUCCACAUGGCGAGAGGUUUUUCCUACAAAAAGAGCGUACAUCAGAUUCCCGCUCACAGAGACCUGUACCGGGAUAUUAGGAAAGAGAGUGUUGGGAACAUGGUCUCCCUGGGAAGUACCGUGUCUGUGUCUAACAAGAUUGCCCGGUUGGAGCAAAGAAAGGAGCCAUGGACCUUAGGUCUACACUCUUCUAACAAAAGGAAUAUUAUUCUACGAAGCCACCACGUCAAGGAGAAGCCAGUUCGUGCUGCUCAGAUCCCGGUGCGCAGUGUGGGGAGAAUGUGGGGUGAGCAGCAGCACUGGGGUUUAGAAGAUGAGAAGAUAGCAGGCGUGCAUUGGAGCUAUGAGGAAACGAAGACUUUCCUCGCCAUUCUCAAGGAGUCUCGCUUUUAUGAGACGCUGCAGGCUUGUCCCCGAAACAGCCAGGUAUACGGGGCUGUGGCCGAGUGGCUGCGUGAGUGUGGCUUCCUCCGAACGCCAGAACAGUGUCGGACCAAGUUCAAAAGCCUCCAGAAGAGCUAUCGGAAGGUGAGAAAUGGCCACGUGCUGGAACCCUGUGCCUUCUUUGAGGACAUGGACGCUCUAUUGAACCCUGCAGCCCAUGCUUCAUCUGCUGAUAAGCCAAAGGAGAUUCUCUCUCUCCCCAGACUAAAGAGAGUUGAUAUCAGUGCUAAAGAACAGAUCAGUUUGGUGGAGGAGGAAGACGCCGCAGAAGAAUCUGAUGGUGAUGAAAUGGGCAUUGAAUUUAUCCGGAAGUCUGAGAUUCGUGGUGCCCCUGUCUUGUUUCAGAACCUGAGUGAUUUUGAAAUUGGAGGUAGUAUCAAGGAGGAUACAACACAGGUAAUAUAUAAGGACUUGGAGCAGCAUAGGGCAUUAAUAGAAAAGUCUAAAAGGGUCAUUUCCCAGAACGCUGAUCCAGGUAAAUACCGUAAAAGGGAAUGCAUCUCAGGAAGACAAUGGGAAACCCUUCAAGGCUUCAGACAGGGAAAGCUGACGUCUCAGCCGAGAGAUAUAGGGAAAGCUGUAGUGCAUCCGAGGCCUUUCAUGGGGAAGAGACCCUAUCGACUGCUCAAAUACGGAGAAAGCUUUGGAAGGAAUGCUCGUCUUAUGUGCCGGAUGACCCACCAGAAGGAAAAUCCUUAUAAAUGCAGUGUCUGUGGGAAGUGCUUUGGUAGAAGCAGGAGCCUAAUCAGACAUCAAAGAAUCCACACCGGAGAAAAACCUUUUAAAUGUCUUGACUGUGGGAAAAGCUUUAAUGACUCCUCCAACUUUGGUGCCCACCAGAGAAUCCACACUGGGGAGAAACCCUACAGGUGUGGGGAAUGUGGAAAAUGCUUUAGUCAGAGCUCAAGUCUUAUCAUACAUCAAAGAACCCACACUGGAGAGAAGCCCUAUCAGUGUGGAGAGUGCGGGAAGAGCUUUACCAACAGCUCCCAUUUCAGCGCCCACCGCAGGGUGCACACUGGCGAGAACCCCUACAAAUGUGUGGACUGUGAAAAGAGUUUCAAUAACUGUACAAGAUUUCGAGAGCAUCGGAGGAUACAUACUGGAGAGAAGCCCUACGGCUGUGCCCAAUGUGGCAAACGUUUCAGUAAGAGUUCUGUCCUCACCAAACAUCGGGAAGUUCAUUCAAGAGAAAAGCUUCUGCCACACCCACCAUCCACGUAUUCCCCGGAGAACCCGCCUAAGGGAAAGACUGACGAAUUCAGGAAAACUUUUUGACGUUGACCUCUUCUCCUCCUACGUGCCCUGUUAGCCAUUUUUCCCCACCCUCACCCUUGGAAGCGGUCUUUUCUUAGCUAUGAAGUGUAAUUCCCAAGACAAACUUGAGAAUAUAAAUCAACUAAGAGUCCGCCUCGUGUUCUCACCUCCGCCUCUAACUUUACCAGUCUGUUCCUCUCAACUUCUCCCUUAGCAAAGUGGAGAAGACUGUCCUGUCUGGGUUCCUUCGGUAUGUCGAGGCCUCUGCCGUGGGACUGCCAAGUCCAGCAACGUUCAAGGUCCCUCCAUGUAGCUGAGAGUUGUUUUCAAGCAGACCCAACAUGCUGGAAGUUUCCUGUUUUCCACCACGUGGGAGCCCGGAUGCAACUUGAUCCCAGAUUUCUUGUUGGAGUAGAACUUUCAGGAGUCUGGUCAGGAUGACACCACAUGCAUCUUGGUUUUGAAGAUAAAAGGGAGAUUGAGAUUUUACAGCUUCCUUGAGAAGUCUGUUGCACUAUACGCUUUUGUGUCACGUCGAUCCCCACAGCUAGGGUGAGUCCCCGUAUUGUCCCUGAAGCCACGUUACUAACGCCUCGCCCUCCAUAGAGAUGAGAAGCAACUGAUCACCCACCAUGCCGACCUUUUCUGGACCUGAAGACCGAAACCCCCUUGUCUGCUGCUUCUCCAGCCCCUGAGUAAUCCAGUUCCUCUUACCAUUUCUCGAAAGUCCUACACUUACCUCUUAGGUGUUCUGGGUGCUCUCGUCUGACUCUCCUGAACUACCAGGCCCUCCCCAGAUUAAAUAGGAUGCAUGCCCGUGGUGUGUCUCAUUAAAAGAAAGUAGAAUCUUAGACACUUUCUACCCUACCACUGCUCUGGUUCUUACCUAGAACAUGACUGGCAUGUUGGCAUAUUUUAUGCCUCCCAACCCCACACUUCAGUAUAAUGUUAUAUAAUAAUAGUUUUCUCAAACUUUAAGGGGGUAGGGAAGAAAUGUGGUAGAAACCGGAAACCUUCACUAUUUCUAAGACCAGUCGGACUCCUUAGGCCUGCUCUAGAUCAGAUAGCUGCUCAUUCAGACCACCACCUCCAGGGCUGUUUGUUAAAUACAAUCAGCCUUUUCUGAGGUUUCUAGUACCUGUUGAUAGGAUCACCCACCUAACUGUAGAGCCCAGAGUAAUUUAUAUAACUCUAUAGCUUACUGAGUGAAAGUGGAAAGAUUUACAGAAACUUCCAAUCUAGAACACUAUUGUCGUUUUCCUCAUUUACCUAUUUGUCCGAAAAACCUCUUUGAUAAUCCCCUAGGACUAACCCAACAGGUAUUGAAGGGAGAGUAAAAAUGGGGAGGGGAAAGGCAGGGAGGUAGUUAAUUCAUUUCUGGAAGUUACAGAUGAAACCACAGAACCUGGUCUUCCAAGGCUGGUUGCUCCAGGAUGAGACCAGUGACAUUUAUGCCCUUACUACGUAGGUAACCGGGGGCGGCUUUGCUUUGGGGAGGGGAAGUCCCAAGUUCGGUGGAAGGACAGCCAGAGUCAGGGCUGUGUGGAGAUUCUUUUGAUCUGAUCUCUCCUCUCCUUUGUCAGAUGUUCUUGUAUUUGAAGACAUCUGGAGAUAUUUUUCCUUUGAGGAUGUUUGAAUCUUUCGAAGCCGGUUCAGCAGAGUUCCAAGGAGGGCAGGCAGUGUAGAAAGAAAUCCAAUUCACAGUGCCAGAAUAGGGUGUGGCCUGCUGGAAGGCAGGUGACUCAGGUACACAUUGAUACAUGUUUCCGAUUUACAUUCGUUGGAGAUGUUACGACUGUUCCCACCUCUGUAGGUUGAUUUCCUACAUGUGCUCUGAAUCACAGGCUUCUAAUGGUUAAGUGCAGUGUCAUGUCGUCAGUGUGCCUAGCACAGUGAGAUGCGUGCGGCGCCCGUGGGCAUGUCCUUGUAUUGUGUCGAUGUUCUGGAAUUCCAGCCCUAGAGAAGAUGCCCAUGAAUAGAAAUCACCACUUAGUAAGACGUACACAGGAUGGAUAAUUAUAUGGAAGCAUGAUUCAGGAAAGUAGAUGAUUUAUUCCUAAGUAUGUAUUAAGUACUGUUCCGUGUAAGGGCGUGCUCCAGGCACUGAGGGCGGGCGAACACAGAGAGACGCGGUGGCCCGGCUCGGGGAGCUGGCAGCGAGACAGAGGAGGUACUGCAGCAAAGGUAAUUAAUGCCCAUUCCCUUUGCGUCACUUGCAAAAGGUCAGUGACUCCACCGUGAGAAAAUCACGUUCUUCUGAAUUGCCUCAAACUGUGUACCUCUGCCUCUCCGACGUCCCCAGCGGCAGGAAAGGUGCAGGACCCAUUCCAUCUCGGGUGGAACAGACCGAGUCUGUGUGAGUUUCAUUCCUCUGGGGCCGCACAAAGGUGGAGCCCGGGUUCCUCUGCCUGCGUUCCUAGUGGUAAACGGGCUGUCUGGAUGUGGGCUAAGUUGCCUUCACGAACUCUGUCUCUGUGCUGAAGAAGUAGAAGGUCCUGCCCACCAUCUUAGACCAAGACAACUUGCAUCUUGUCUUUUCUCAACUGGAGCAUGAAAGUCAGAAUGAAUAAUGUGUCUUUUAUAUCACAUAGCAUUGCCUUUAUGAAGAUCCGUAGGAAAAGGUUUUUCUCUGGGUCUCGGUACCAGGGAAAGCUCUGAUCCUAAACAGGAAAAAAAAAAAAAAAGGAUUACAAACACUGUGAUUUUUAUAACUUACUGCUUUUCUGUCUUUGUUCUGGCUGCUGGAAAGCUCAACAAAACAUACCAGGCCACCUCAACCAACUACCUAAAACCUCUAUGUGUUUAAUCCUAUCUGAUUUCUUUGAAAUUUACCCCAAAUCCUAUUUUUUAAAAGCAGUAUGAACAACUGGACAUUUUAUUCUCUGACAUCUUACCCAGGGCACUUUGGAAACUGGCUUGUAUUCCCUGCCUACACUUGCUUUGUUACCCCCACAAAUACCUCCAGUUCGUACCAGUGAUUUUAUUACACAUACAACCUGAUGUGUUCAUAAAUCGUCUUUAAAGAAGGAAACUUCACACAUUCGCUUAAACCGCUCAGGGCGGCCUGCCCUGGGGGCGCGAGCAUUAGACCAGAAGCCAAAAGGAACACAUUUCAAUCUUGCCGCUAUCACUUACUGAGCGUUGUUUGACAAACCUCAGCCUCUCUGGGCUGGUGUUCCUUAUCGGGAGAGACGUUGAACUUGAUUGCCGAGAACGCUCUGGCUCUAAUGUUUAGUGAGACUGCAGGGCGCGGAGUAGAUGAGGAAGAGGAUGCAUGUAUAUGCAUCUAUAAUGCAUAUAAGACCAGGUAGCUAGCCUGGCCUGCCCCGGCAGGUGGCAUCCAGGCCACACUGAACCCACUUCACACUUUAGGAAGAGGGAGGCCGUGAGCAGCCCGGGAGCUCGCGCAGUGAUGAGAAAAGACACGUGUUCACCAGCAGGCAGCCCCUGGGGCUCCUUGGUAGCCGACAGCAGGUAGCUGCAGUGAAGAAAGCCCUGAUGUGAGGUCUGGUGCCCAGUGACGAACGGGACUCCGCUAGGAAGGAGCCGGGGAAGCCCCAGACGCAAGGCAUGUGUGAGCAGCUUGUGUGGCCCUUAGGUUUGGCCUCUGAGUGCAUUCCAGGUAUAAAUGUAUGUCUGUUCAUUGUUUUGUACUCACGUUCACUUAGAUGUCUUCUUGAAAACUUGUCUGUGAAAUAAAUGUCGAAAAUAAAUGA